AUGGGCGCUACAUGGGCUUUCUAUUUAAUUUUUGUCUUCUUUGUGGUGUCUCAGUCCACCAUUAUUUCGCGGAAAUAUACCGCAAAACUGGAAAUGGAUAAUAAAAAAUCAAAUGAAGAACUUCUAGGAGAAUACAAUUCUAAAUCUGAUAUAGAGUGUGCAGCCCGCUGUCAAAGGGAGUGUACCAUUUUCGGUUUCCACUCUCAAAUGAAGAAAUGUCGAACCCACAAGAAGAAUUUCACGUCGGGAGUAUCUAAUGAGGAUGGCUGGAGAUACUACUCACACGGCUUAAUUCCCAUAGAUUGUAAGGAUCUACAUGGGGAGGGUUACACGGAUUCAGGGGUGUAUGAAAUCUAUCCCUAUGGCACCACUACCAGUACUGUAACUGUUUACUGUGACAUGACGACGAUGGGCGGGGGAUGGACGGCAAUCCAAAAACGCAUGAAUGGAUCUCUGAGUUUUGACAGGGAUUGGACAGCAUAUAAAAAUGGUUUUGGGUCACCAGAACAGGAUGUAUGGGUUG